AUGCAAGAGCUCCAAGAGGUAACGAUACGAUACAUCAACUGCCCUGACCCUACAGAGAGCGCAGCAAGAAGACAAAGAGUCAUAGCCUCAGAGGAACAAGGACUAAUGGAAGAAACGGCAGCUAAUAUAAUAGCAGCAGCAACAGAUUCUUACCACAUAAAACUUAACUUCGAUCCAGAAGAAGAGUCCCAGAUAGUCCUAAGGCAGCAGUCCCCACAACACCCUCCAUCAGAAGGAACAACUCCACAGAACCAGCCAAAAAAGCAGAGGGGAAGGCCACCAAAGAACAAAAGAAUGAGCCCGGCAAUAGGAAUCAGUCUAAGGCAAAGAAGAAUAUCGCAGGUCCAGAACUCACCUCAGAUCAGAAGACCAAGUAUAGGCCAAGGACAGAACACGAGAGGAAACCAUGAACGCACGGGGCAAGCAAUUCAAGGAGACCCGGGUCCAAGUAUUAGGGGAACGACUCCGGACACGAUUAUACCGACCCUUGAGAGGGCGACGGAAAAUUUUCGGCGUCCGCGAAGUCCGAUUCCUUAA